UCAUUGAAGUUUUGAGUUAUUACUUGAUUGGUGGGUGUAUGUAUUAAUUGAAUAACUUACAUCUUUAUUUUAAACAUUACAUUAUUUACACAAAACACUACCAAUACUUUUUAAAUUUUAUUUUAACCAUAAACUACGUAAAAGUGAACAACGAAAUAAUGUUGGUGUUAGUGUUAGGAGAUUUGCAUAUACCUCAUCGCUGUAGUUCUCUACCACCGAAGUUCAAAAAGCUAUUACUGCCGGGUCGUAUACAACAUAUAUUGUGCACGGGAAACCUAUGUACCAAAGAAUCUUACGAUUACUUGAAGACUCUUGCCAGUGAUGUACACGUUGUUAGGGGAGAUUUUGAUGAGAACUCAACAUAUCCCGAGCAAAAGGUGAUUACCGUUGGCCAGUUUCGUAUUGGCCUUAUCCAUGGACACCAGGUUGUCCCUUGGGGUGACGAAGAGUCACUUGCGCUAGUACAGAGGCAGCUUGAUGUAGAUAUCUUGAUAUCAGGUCACACACAUCGUUUUGAAGCGUACGAACAUGAGAACAAAUUCUAUAUCAACCCUGGCUCAGCAACAGGAGCAUAUAGCCCGCUAUUUAGGAAUGCCAUCCCCUCAUUCGUACUUAUGGACAUUCAAAGUUCCACGGUGGUGACAUAUGUGUACAAACUGCUCGGUGAUGAGGUCAAAGUUGAGAGAAUCGAGUACAAGAAGGCAUAGAACAUUACAUGAAUAGUUCUUAAACAGUAUGGGUUUAUCGUAAAAAAUUUGAUUAUCAUGUGCUGGUGAAGUCGGUGAUUAUACCUUUUAUAUGAAAUGGUUUACUAUCUACGGGGAUAGUGAAUGUAUCUCAUUUUAUUAAAAUAGUUAUUUGGAUCAAUCUGUGUUAUUUAAACAUUAAGUUUACAAGCAAAUAAAUAUAUUGAACGUCA